AUGACUACGAUUGUGGCCUCUCCACCAACCUUUCAGUCACUGCCUCGACUCGGCUGGGAUGGUCCCUCGAACAACCAUCAAGCUGGCUUUUCGGCAAUGAGCUCCGACGACGUUUCCCGUAUGUUCAUGCCACAGAGAAAAGUGGCUACUAGGAGCAGUUCCUCCUCGUCGUUAGCGUCUAAUGCCUCCGCAUCCUCCACCUCCUCGACCUCUACCGUCACAUCUGCCAAUGAUUUGGCCCAUUCGACAAAUGGUGAAAGUGUUGGACCGGCCAAGAAAAAACAAAGGGGGGGGUUUUGGCCCGUCUCAAAAGCAGAAAUCACCGCGAGCGUCUCAAAUGCAAAAGCCAAUGGUGCUGUGCAGCCGGCCGUGCCGAACGGCGCAAACAUGUUAGGUCAGAAGAAUUCCUUACAGCCCGCUAUGCCCGAACAUGCUGCAAACGCUGUUAAUGGCAUGGAGAGUAGACCUCGCCAGCAGCCGUUACUGGUUCUAUUGCCCAUGAACGGUACCUUCGAGCGAAAGCAGAUUAACGUGCCUAUGCAUCCCGAUGCGCCUCAGAAGAUAGGGAGACAGACAAACAACAAAACAACUCCCAAAGCCGACAAUGGCUACUUUGACUCCAAAGUCCUAUCUCGUCAGCAUGCUGAGAUAUGGUCCGAUAUUAACGGCCGGGUAUGGAUCCGGGACGUCAAGUCCUCGAAUGGUACCUUUGUCAAUGGCACUCGUCUUUCUCCCGAAAACCGAGAAUCUGAGCCCACCGAGCUUCGACAGCACGAUAGUCUCGAGCUAGGUAUAGACAUUGUGAGUGAAGACCAGAAAACCAUUGUUCACCACAAGGUCUCUGCCAAGGUCGAAUUUGUUGGCUUCCCCGGCAAAGCAGGCAAUGCUCUCGAUCUUCUCAACUUUGGAGAGCUGGAUCCUGCCCAGAGCAACAACCUUUUGAGUUCUCCCAUAAGUGCACCCAUGGCCCAUCAGCGGAGUCAACAGGGACGCCCCCUUACUGCUCGAGGUUCUGUUGCUUCAAGUGUCACUGGUGGUAAUGUUUCCUCAGUAGCUCAGAGACAGGCAAAUUAUUGGGGAGCUCCAUUGAACAUAGAGCAACUGGUGAAACAAGUUGGCAUCGAGAUGCGAGCUGCGAAACAACAAUCACAGGACUUGGAGCAAGCUAGGAGCUUUCUGACCGCCAUUCUACCGGCUGAUGGCGGUCCAGUAAAACUUCCUCCAGGUAGAGACCACAUAUCGCCCCUGAGACAGGCGAAUGGAAGAGCCAAACCAUCAAGGGUCGAUCACUCUGCACGAUUCGCUGAUCCGCCUGCUCCUCCUCCUCAGCAGCCUCUUCCCGAGAAACCUGACAAUACGAAAGCGUCAAGUCCUGGCUCUGCAACCAUGAGUCAUAUGCUGAAACGUGAGACGACGAUGAAGCCUUUGGUCAAUGGGACAGCCGCUUCGCCAAUCGGUGGUCAAUCACAAAUUGUAUCUCUACUUGAGUCCCUCGAUGCAGCACGUAAGCAGAUAGAGUCGCAAGGCUCAAAGGUAAGAGAAUUGGAGGACAUGCUGCAGCGAGAACGACUGGCGCGCGAGGCUGCUGAAGACAAAAUUAAGCGACUGGAAGAGUCACACAAUGCUAGACCAGUGUCGGUGGUGGAAGAACAGCUCACGACACCAGGAGAGCAUCUACCAGCACAGCAAGAUCAGGUUCGUAGUGAAAAGGAGGCCGAAGCUGAAAUGCGAUUACAGCAGCGGAUAGAAGCAAUGCUCUCGGAGAUGCAAGUCAUGCAGCAAAAUCUGACUCAAGCAACACAUCGAGCAGAAACAGCAGAAUCGGAGAAGUCAACACUGGCUGCCAUGAUAGACAAGUACAGAAAGCAGAGGCAGGACGAAGAUUCACAGUCAUCAGCAGUAGAAGAUGAUGGAAAUGAUGUGGAAGAGAUCCUAAGGUCUGAAUCAGAUUUUGACCAGCUGAGUACUGCAAUUCAAGACAACAAGCAAGCGAACGGGCACGUACGGACGCCCAGGCUACCAGAAGACCUUCGACAAGCAGUUUCGACGAUGCUCCAGCAACAGCAAGCGAAUGGAGAAACGUUAGGCAAUUACGGGCCAUAUAUGUCGAUGACUUGCGUUGUGUUAAUAGGAGUUGGGAUAAUGGUGUACUUCAAUUCUUGGCCGCAAGUCGAUAAGUGA